ACGCAAGACGGUUUUGACGACGACCGAAACACAGUUACACAGGUCUACUUCCUAUAUCAUUUGGUCGGGACAACGUCAGUCGUCUGAAUUUCCAUUCAUACUUCGGACUUCCAUACAUAUUAGGUAGAGGAAAAGGUUCCCCAAACCGUUUUCACAUUCCUGUACGCUUCUCUGUUCCGCUUCCUCACCGUAGGUCCGCAAUCACCACCGCCCACUGUCACGCGCCGCGCUUCCCAAGGCACCGUUCCCCUAGAAAAACCUCGCCCAAAAUUGCUUCAUGCAUCAAGCCACGUGUGCAUAUUCCACUUGUACGAGCUCCACUCGUCCACGUCACGGACCGGCUGGUGGGGACCACUCUUCUAGCGCGCCCAUUGGGAAGAAACGAAGAACCGAAAACCGCACCGAUGUUAUUGGUUCUGCCAUCAUAGGUGGCAGCUCCGUGAUUAAGGCGAUGCAGUGAGGGUAUUAUGGUAAUAUAGCAAGGCUUCAGUUCCUAACAGACAGCUGCUGGAAAAGUAGGGGAAAACAGAACAAACCUCCCUCUCGUCUUCACGACUUGGUCGGAGACCCCCCCACCCAAAGGCUUCUGCGCAUUAACGAAAAUGGAAGAGUCCGAGAAAUUGACGGCUCUUAAGAAGGCCUAUGCGGAGAUAAUCCUCAACACGGCGAAAGAGGCGGCGGCACGUAUUAUGGUAUCGGAGAAGAAAGCGCUUCGGUUUCAGCAGGAACUCUUCUCGACGAAAGAGGAGGCGCUUCGGAUGCUUUUGAGGCUAAAACAGAUGUUGGAUUCUAAGGUUACUGAAGCAGAGGUGACAUCCUUAAGUCAACAGAAGAAAAUUGAAGAGCUUGAAGCACAGCUCCAGGAAGCUGAGGAUAUAGUAAGGGACCUUAGAGAAGAGUUGAGAGAAGUUCAGGAUAAACUGGAGGAGGUGACAAAUGACCAAUUGCAGCCUCUGGAUGGAUGUAAUUUAGCGGGUGAUUCUGUUGUUCAUGAAGAAAUAUCACAAGAGAAUGGACUCAUGGCUUCUAAGUCUAUAUUUCCUCUACCUGAUUCACAACUUGAGCCACUCACAGCAUCUGACAUGAAGAAUGUUACUACAAGUGGGGCACACACGGGCAAUAAGUGCUAUGGUGAAAAUGAUCUGCAUAUGGAUAAUUGUUAUCUUCCUAAUCCUUAUUUUGCCUCCAUAGUAAUGAGGAGCAAAGAACCUGAGCUGUACAGAAAUGGAUGCACCCAGCGAAUUCGUGCGUUCGAAAAGUACCUUCUGGAUGGAAAGCUGCCUUUUACUGGAAAAGUAGAUGAUGUAAAGAAUGAAGUGUUUGCCAAAGGAGGUCAAGAAGGUAAAGGGGUGUAUAAGAUGGCAAUUCAAAAGCAUGAUGAUAUACUUGGAGUAGAAGAGAAGAACCAAGAUGAACUUAAAGUGAUGAACAGAGAUAGUAAUCAGACCCAAGUGCCGGCUGUUAAGUCCAUUUGUAGAAAAAGAAGAAAAAGAGCCACAAAAUUCAAGAAAAGUAAAGCUCCCUCAUGCAAACAAGUUAAUGGGAUGUGUGCGAUACCUACUCAUGAGGCUGAGAAUAUGCUUGGAGUAGAAGAGAAGAACCUAGAUGAAGUGAAAACGAUGCAGCCAAAUUUAGGUGAUAUCCAUUUGCAGGUUGUCAAGUCCUUUUGCAGGAAAAGGAAACGAGCUGCUAGAUACACUAAAAGUAAAGAUCUCUCAUGUGGCUCCCUUGCUGAUCAGUUCAUAGAAAUGCAUCAAAUCUCUGAUCUUUGUAACUCCAAAACUUCCCCAAGUUUGGUAGAAAACUCUUCUAAGAUAAUUGAGAAGGAAGGUCAAAUGGAUCCAGUAUCAACUGAGGGUCUGAUGCCACACUCAGAUUUAACUGGUAUGGAAUUACGAUCUGUUGAUUUAACUGAAAAUGAUGUGGAGUUUGUCAAGGCUUGUGGUGCUCGAAACACAAUGAACAAUGGUACAGAUUUGAUAAAUGAAUCAGAUAUGGCAAGACAGGAAAGUUUAUCUGCAGGUAAUUCUGAGGUUCAGGGAUGCAGAACAGAUGCUGAGACCUUUGAUAAGUCCUUACUUAACUCAGAUCUGAAAGCAUCAAAUUCAAAUGAUGUGGUUAGCCAAACUGCAACUAACAGGUUUCUCAAGUACACAUUCACGAGAAAGCGCAAGAAGGAAUCUUUAUGCAGCCCAGAUGGCAAUUCAUCUCUUGACAAUGAGAAGAAGACAGUGGAGAAAUGGAAUGGUUCUCCGGAACCACAGAAUUCUAGCCUGACAACAGAAUCAUCCCGAGAUAGUCGACGACUGGCACAGGUUGCUCGUCAGUUCAUGUGGCAUCCAGCAGUCUAGAUACUUGGGCUUGGUGAACUCAUUAACAUGUAAAAUAAUAGGAGCUUAUAUCUUUGUCUGAGAAGAAAUGGUGGAAGUAGAACUGGCUAUCCCUCACAUACCAUCGACUUGGAGUGGAAAUCGAAUCUUGGCUGCACUGAAAUUUUGGAGAGCUGUGUUAUAAAAAAGUCAGGCAAACAGGCAGUCGCUUUAUCAAUGAAGAGCCAUAGAUCCCCAAAUAAUGCAUGAGCAUCACAUAUCCAUUAUUAGUAUUGCUGCCUCGCUCUGAUGUCCCUCUCUUUUGUCAAAAGUUAAAAAUAGCUUAUAUUGUAAUUGGCAUUGUUGUCCAGCUUGGGCCAAUUCUAUUUAAAAGACAUUUUUACCCUAACAAGGUUCUUUAUGUUAUUGAUAUCUAUCUCGGUGCUUUGACCUCUCGAA